AUGCCACCCAAACGCAACUACAUCGACACCUCCCAACCCAAGACGACGUCGCACUCGCAGCCAGUCGCGAAACGGUACAAGCGGUCGCACACAUCCACGCCGUCCUCGCGCCGCGCCGUCUCGCGGCCGAUCGGAGCCGCCGGGACCGGCGACGACACCUCCCGUCUCAUCGCAGCCCACCACCAGCAGGAACAUGCCUUGGGUGGCAGAUCCUACCUCUCCGUUAGGGACUUGCCCCGCGUCGAUCGCUCGGGAACGAUCAACCGCGUGCCGACGCUCGUCGAUUCGAGUCUUCGAGUCGCAGCGAGGGCGUUGAUGCAGACCAUCACACUGCCAUCCCCCGCAAUAGCGAAGGGAACCAACAGUCCGAAAAGGACUUCAUCGAGCAGUGUUGGAUGGAAUCCUGAUCGGGACGCGCAAGCCUCGACGCCGCAUCUGAUGGCGCUGAGGGAGUCCAUCCAGCAGUUGCCGAGCGGGAUAGCGAAUCGGCUCUUGGCUUUGGUGUUGCGGGAAAGCACGAUCGAAAUGGAGAGAGCCUCCACGAAUGAGAACGCCGGCGUGUCUGUGAGUAGUGUGGCCACCUACUCGAGCCCCCGAGCAGGUGUUUUCUGUUCGCGCCCGCUGACUCGAGCGAAAUUUCCCCGCGGGCAGGUACUUUCACUCGCGGCGCUCUUCUUGCACCCAAACACGACCAAGCUAUCCCUCUCGUCCCUCUCAGCACCCACCUUACUCCUAUCCAAGAUACCCCAGUGCACCUCUUUGACCGAUCUCGACCUCUCGACCCACACCCAACUUACCGACCCGUCCGUCGCCAAAAUUCUCGGCGCCCUUCCGACCCUUCAACGGUUGAACCUGAGAGGCUGCACCAAAGUUGGAGACGCCGCGAUUAUCGCUCUGAGCAAAGCUACCGAGUCAAGAUUACAAUCGAUCAAUCUCAACUUGACCGCCGUGACCACCAAGGGCUUGACCGCCUUGUUCGCGAGGUGCUCUGGCCUCCAGGUGCUCAAGAUUGCCAAUGUCCAGGGCUUGGUACGUAUCGCUGCGGUGGUUCUCACUCAGCAUAGCUCUCAGACUAACGAAAAAAAGUUUCUUCAGAACGAUCGCAACGUGACCAAGUUGAUCGAUAACUCGAUCCACGCCGCACUUGGAUGGCGUCACAUCCCCUUAUCCCAACUACGGUGCCUCAAAGUGCGCUCAACCGACAUCACCGACAACUCGCUCGGGCGGCUGCUUUCACUCUGCACUUUCACCUUGGAACGACUCGACAUCUCCUUCACGGGCGUCAAAUCGCUUGACCUCGUCUCGAGGGCCUUGCAUACGGCGCCGGAAUGGAAAUUGGAGAAACUCGUCGCUUCGGGGUUACCCCUCACCCCUGUCAGCUUGCAAAGCUUUUUCGGCCCUUUGGCGGAAACGAGGACGGAGCAGGAGAGGAAGAGGUUCAAGGUCCUAAAACUGGGGUCUCUUCCUAGUACGAGUACGAAACAACCUGGCUUGACGGAUGCGGUCUUGAAAGGCUUGAUGCCGAGUUUGGUCAAGUUGACCGGAUUGGAAUCAGUUUCCUUCUGUCAGGUAAGGGCAAUAAUUCUGAGCACCCGUCCCUUGAAACUUUGGGUCGUGCUGAACCCUUUGACCUUUUCCUCUACAGAACUGGGCCCUCGGUCUCGCUCGAGAACCCAUGACGUCCUUCAUCUCCACCAUCGGCAUCAAAUGCCUCUCCCUUGACCUCACCCUCCUUCUCCAAUCGCACCACCUCGAAGGCCUCGAACCACCUUUGGAUGAAGAUGGCUUUCCGUCCGAGGAGGGGUACACGAGACCAAAGCUGCAGACGUUGAUUUUAAAUUCGAGUCGGAUCGACGAUGGGGCCAGUAUUUCGAUUGGGUACUGUCACGAUUUGAGGACGUUGCAUCUCGCCGAAACCAAGAUAUCGAGUCAGUUGCCUCUGUCGCUUCUCACGAAAGCGUUUUGACGCUGACUCUGUUCUCUCAUCAACUUUACCAGCCGACUUUCUAGCCCAUCUAAUGAAGGCAUGUCCCUUGCUGUCGAACCUCAACUUGACUUCGUGCAGAGGCGUCCCGGUCGCGCAGAGGAGGACCUUCUUCGAGACGUGGGAGAGGGAGCACGAGCAGUGA